AGCUACCUGGAGAUGGAGAAAAUAUUCAAAGUAUACGUAUACCCAGACGGUGAGCUCCCAAUAGCUCAUGAUGGCCCGUGCAAGGACAUAUACUCAAUUGAAGGAAGAUUCCUCCAUGAGAUGGAACAUGGUCCAGGGAGGUUUAGGACCAACGACCCCAAUGCCGCUCACGUUUACUUCUUGCCAUUCAGUGUUACUUGGAUGGUGAAGUAUCUCUAUACUCCACUUUCAUACAAUGUCACUCCUUUAAAGCAGUUUGUGUCUGACUAUGUGAGACUCAUAUCCAUGAGGCAUCCCUUCUGGAAUACAACUCAUGGUGCCGACCACUUCAUGCUUUCCUGUCAUGAUUGGGCUCCUCAUGCAUCACAGGGAAAUCCCUUCCUCUACAACACCUCAAUCCGUGUCAUGUGCAACGCCAACACCUCAGAGGGCUUUAACCCUCGAAAGGACGUGUCCCUUCCAGAAAUCCACCUUUAUGGAGGCGAAGUCUCCCCCAAACUUCUCUCGCCCCCAUCCAACAACACCCCACGCCGCUACCUCGCCUUCUUCUCCGGCGGUCUGCACGGUCCAAUCCGCCCCAGCCUCCUCCACCACUGGAAGAACCACGACGCUGACAUUCGCGUCUACGAAUACCUCCCCAAAGACCUUGACUACUACUCCUUCAUGCUCAACUCCAAGUUCUGUCUUUGUCCCAGUGGCCACGAAGUGGCCAGUCCCAGAAUCGUGGAAGCAAUUUAUGCCGAAUGCGUUCCCGUGAUCCUUUCCAAGUAUUACGUGUUGCCCUUCAGUGAUGUGCUGCAAUGGGAGGCGUUUUCGGUGCAGGUGGACGUUUCAGAUAUUCCGAGGUUGAAAGAGAUUCUUAGUGCAAUUUCCGAGGAUGAAUAUUGGAAGCUCAAGGAGGGAGUGAAGGCUGUGAGGAAGCAUUUUACACUGAAUCGGCCUGCCAAGAGAUUCGAUGUAUUUCACAUGAUCUUGCACUCUAUAUGGUUAAGGAGACUAAACAUACAACUCAGAUAGAAAAUUUUCAGUUUUCUCUUAUACAUAUUAUAAACUCAUCACUCUCUGCCCUUUAAUACGAAUCCCAUGGAUUCAUUAUUUGAACCUAAAUUGUAUUUUCCAAUCUAACCCCCUCCUUUC